AUGGGGGGUGCUCCUGGGGUUCAUGAAAUCCGAGAGCGUGGGAUUUGUGCUCUGGGCUGUCAUUCCCCGGGACGCGGGGCGGAGGUGUGUCCUGGGGUGACUCCCGAGGCCACUCACACGUGUUUUCUCGUCCAGCUGAAACUGGAGGACCGCUCCGUGGUGCCCCGGGACGUGGUCCGGCACAUGCGCUCCACCGACAGCCAGUGCGGCACCGUGAUCGACGUCAGCAUCGACUGCGCCGUCAAGCUCAUCGGCACCAACUGCAUCAUUUACCCCGUCAACAGCAAGGACCUGCAGCACAUCUGGCCCUUCAUGUAUGGGGACUACAUCGCCUAUGACUGCUGGCUGGGGAAGGUCUACGACCUGAAGAACCAGAUCAUCCUGAAGCUGUCCAACGGGGCCAGGUGCUCCAUGAACACAGAAGACGGUGCCAAGCUCUACGACGUCUGCCCACACGUCAGCGACUCAGGUCUCUUCUUCGACGAUUCCUACGGCUUCUACCCGGGCCAGGUGCUCAUCGGCCCCGCCAAGAUCUUCUCCAGUGUCCAGUGGCUGUCGGGGGUCAAGCCCGUGCUCAGCACCAAGAGCAAGUUCCGGGUGGUGGUGGAAGAGGUGCAGGUUGUGGAACUGAAAGUCACAUGGAUUACCAAGAGCUUCUGUCCAGGGGGCACGGACAGCGUCAGCCCCCCACCCUCUGUCAUCACCCAGGAGAACCUGGGCAGGGUGAAGCGUCUCGGGUGCUUUGACCAUGCUCAGCGGCAGCUGGGGGAGCGCUGCUUGUUUGUCUUCCCGGCCAAAGUAGAGCUGGCCAAGAUCGCCUGUGAAUGCCCAGAGAAGCACUGCGCCCAGGGGGAGGGCUCGAUGGCCAAGAAGGUGAAACGCCUGUUGAAGAAGCAGGUCGUGAGGAUCAUGUCCUGCUCCCCCGACACCCAGUGCUCCAGGGACCAUUCUGCGGAGGAGCCAGGCAAGAGGGGGGGGACCAAAGCCAAGAGUGAAACGGGGUCCGCCAGCCCUGAGGAGACGCCUGACGGGUCCGCCAGCCCGGGGGAGAUGCAGGACGAGGGCGCCGAGGAGGCCCUGGAGGCGGGUGAGCCGCUGCCCCCCUUCCUGCUGAAGGAGGGCGGAGACGACAGGCUGCACUCCGCCGAGCAGGACGCCGACGAUGAGGCUGCUGACGACACGGACGACACCAGCUCGGUCACCUCCUCCGCCAGCUCCACCACCUCCUCCCAGAGCGGCAGUGGCACGAAUCGCAAAAAGAGCAUCCCCUUGUCUAUCAAGAACUUAAAGCGAAAACACAAGAGGAAGAAGAAUAAAAUCACCCGUGACUUCAAGCCGGGCGACAGGGUGGCGGUGGAGGUGGUGACCACGAUGACCUCAGCAGACGUGAUGUGGCAGGACGGCUCCGUGGAGUGCAACAUCCGCUCCAACGACCUCUUCCCGGUGCACCACCUGGACAACAACGAGUUCUGCCCUGGGGACUUCGUGGUGGACAAGCGAGUCCAGAGCUGCCCAGACCCCGCUGUCUACGGUGUGGUGCAGUCUGGGGACCACGUGGGCCGCACCUGCGUGGUAAAGUGGUUCAAGCUGCGGCCGAGUGGGGACGACGUGGAGCUGAUUGGAGAAGAGGAAGACGCUGACCACCCUGACUUCCGGUUCCGCACAACCGACAUCGUCAUCCGCAUCGGCAACACUGAGGACGGAGCUCCUCCCAAGGAGGAUGAGCCAUCGGUUGGCCAGGUGGCCCGCGUGGACGUCAGCAGCAAGGUGGAGGUGGUGUGGGCCGACAACUCCCAGACCAUCAUCCUGCCCCAGCACCUGUACAACAUCGAGUCUGAGAUCGAGGAGUCGGACUAUGACUCAGUGGAAGGCAGCACCAGUGGGGCGUCCUCCGAUGAGUGGGAGGACGACAGUGACAGCUGGGAGACGGACAAUGGGCUGGUGGAGGACGAGCACCCCAAGAUAGAGGAGCCCCCCAUCCCACCCACCGAACAGCCGGCAGCCCCCGAGGAGGACAAGGGCGUGGUGAUCAGCGAAGAGGCUGCCACAGCUGCCAUUCAGGGGGCUGUGGCCAUGGCCGCCCCGGUGGCCGGGCUGAUAGAGAAGGCCGGCAAGGACGGGCCCCCGAAGAGCUUCCGGGAGCUGAAAGAGGCCAUCAAGAUCCUGGAGAGCCUCAAGAACAUGACGGUGGAGCAGCUGCUGACGGGCUCCCCCACCUCCCCGACGGUGGAGCCCGAGAAGCCGACGCGGGAGAAGAAGUUUCUGGAUGACAUCAAGAAGCUGCAGGAAAACCUCAAGAAGACCCUGGACAAUGUGGCCAUCGCGGAGGAGGAGAAGAUGGAGGCCCUGCCGGACACAGAGCGCAAGGAGGACAAGCCCGAGGCGCAGUCUCCCAUGAAGGCCGAGUGGCCCAGCGAGACGCCGGUGCUCUGCCAGCAGUGCGGCGGCAAGCCCGGUGUCACCUUCACCAGCGCCAAGGGCGAGGUCUUCUCGGUGCUGGAGUGCGCGCCCUCGAAUCACUCUUUUAAGAAAAUUGAGUUCCAGCCCCCAGAGGCCAAGAAGUUCUUCAGCGCAGUGCGCAAGGAGAUGGCGCUGCUGGCCACCUCGCUGCCCGACGGCAUUGCAGUCAAGACUUUCGAGGACAGGAUGGACCUUUUCUCAGCCCUGAUCAAGGGCCCCACUCGCACCCCCUACGAGGACGGCCUCUACCUGUUUGACAUCCAGCUCCCCAACAUCUACCCGGCCGUGCCCCCCCACUUCUGCUACCUCUCCCAGUGCAGUGGCCGUCUGAACCCCAACCUGUAUGACAAUGGGAAGGUGUGUGUCAGCCUCCUGGGCACCUGGAUCGGAAAGGGGACAGAGAGGUGGACGAGCAAAUCCAGCCUUCUCCAGGUGCUCAUCUCCAUCCAAGGUCUGAUCCUGGUGAACGAGCCGUACUACAACGAAGCCGGCUUCGACAGCGACCGGGGCCUGCAGGAGGGCUACGAGAACAGCCGCUGCUACAACGAGAUGGCGCUGAUCCGCGUGGUGCAGUCCAUGACCCAGCUGGUGCGGCGGCCCGCCGAGGUCUUCGAGCAGGAGAUCCGGCAGCACUUCCGCACCGGUGGCUGGCGGCUGGUGAACCGCAUCGAGUCCUGGCUGGAGACGCACGCCCUGCUGGAGCAGGCCCAGGCACUGCCCAACGGCAUCUCCAAGGACAGCGGCUCUACAGGGCCGCCUGGCGUGGCCGAGCUCUCGGACAGCGGCCGGGAGGAAGCGGAGGACGGCGGGCUAGCCCCUGGAGAGGCCUCCCCGGGCUCAGACUCAGAGGGCGGCGCCCAGGGCCCGGCUGCAGCCAGCAGGGACCACACAGACCAGGCCUCGGAGGCAGCGCCGGACGCCUCAGUGCCCCCCAGUGUCAAACCAAAGAAGCGGAGAAAGAGCUACCGGAGCUUCUUGCCUGAGAAGAGCGGCUACCCUGACAUCGGCUUUCCCCUCUUCCCGCUUUCCAAGGGGUUCAUCAAGAGCAUCCGGGGCGUCCUGGCCCAGUUCCGGGCCGCUCUGAUCGAGGCAGGCAUGCCUGAGAGCACAGACGACAAGUAGCGCCAGCCCCAGGAAGGAGGAUCGUGGUGGGAGAGGCCAGCACCUGCUCACUCCCUCCCCCCAGGCCCUCCACGCUUCCCCCUCUCUCC